UGCCCGCCCCGCCCCGCCGGUAGCCUAGAAAAGCGGUGCCGGGAGCCAGGGGCCGGUCGAAGGCACCGAGGGUUUCACCCGCUGGCCAUGAAGAACCCGGUGCCACAGGCGGCCUCGCUGCUGCUGGAGAAGCUGAUGGUCCUCGUCCACAUCCGGCCAUUGCCCGCGGGCUCCGGCGGGGAAACGCCACCGCCUGCACCCGGCUACUACGACACCAGCUGCUUCAAGCGAGGAGACCUGCUGGAGGUGCCCCGCACCCUCUUCAUCCACUUCGGCAUAUACCUGGGCGAGAACCGCGUCGCCCACUUGAUGCCCGACAUCCUGCCCUCCAUCACCAGCGACCGGCGGCAGAUCCAGCAGGUGGUGACCAACAAGCGGCUCAUCCUAGGCGUCAUCGCCAGGACGGCCAGCGUCCGGGUGGACACGGUGGAGGACUUCGCCUACGGCGGCAGCAUCCUGGUCAACCACAUGGACCGGCUCUUCGAAGACCAGGUGCUGGGCAGUGAGGAGGCGGCCCGCCGGGCGGAGAAGCUGGUGGGCGCCACGGCCUACAGCCUGCUCUGGAACAACUGCGAGCACUUCGUCACCUACUGCCGAUACGGAGCCCCCGUCAGCUUCCAGACCGACAAGUUCUGUGAGACUGUGAAGAUGAUUAUUCGGGACCAGAGGAGCGUCCUUGCAUCGGUGCUUGUGGGACUAGCGUCAAUAGUCUGCCUAGGUGUAGCACCUGCCACCACACUCCCCACCAUCUUCAUUCCCUUCUUUCUCUGGAUGGCUGGCUAACAGCCUUCUUGGAGUCUUCCAUCCAGCGUCUGUAUAUAGGAUGUAUAGUACUGUAUUUAUGAAAGCACACGUUACUCACUGGCAUCAUGUAAAGUUUCUUAACUUUGUGCACCAUUUUAAAAUACAACUUUGUCUAGAACACAGUGCACAAGGCAUAGCUUACUGUGUAAGCCAAAUAACAGAUUUCCUGAAAAUCUUGGUAUAUUUUAACACACCUUUAAAUCAUGGAAAAAGUAGGGUUGCGAUGCAGUUCUGCUCCUUAUCUUUAGCCAAAAAUGAUUCUAAUAGCAUCCUUCAUGUUCUUCAUUUUAACUGCAUAGCUGGGUGCUGUAACUAUUAAUAAAAAUGGAUGACGGAAUUCCA